AUGUCUGAAGUAAACCAAAGAUUUAUCACAGUGCAAAACCGUCCACGUGCUAAGAUUUCACUUCACGAUCCACUCCCGUUAGCCAGUCGACUGAGAUAUGCUGUUCGUAAUUUCCCACCUGAAGUACUUCCAUUGGUAGUGGUUGUUACUGCAAGUCUCGGUGGUGCUACUUUUGCGAUGUUUCAUAAACUAUGGACGGAUCCACAAUUAAGAAG